UCCGGCAUACCCAUGUGUUUACAAAAAAUGUGGACAUUAUUUUAACAUAUUACGUAUAUCAUUACAAUUCGGUGAUUGUUAAAUAGUUGUUUGAAAAUAUGGGGAAGCUGAAUGUGGUUGUGUUGAGAUACCUGUCUCGGGAUGACUUCCGGGUGCUGACGGCGGUUGAGAUGGGGAUGAAGAACCAUGAGAUUGUUCCUGUGAGUCUCCUUUCUUCCAUUGCCAGCCUGAAACAUGGUGGCUGCAACAAGAUCCUCCGAGAGCUCGUCAAACAUAAACUUGUGGUCUACGAACGCACCAGGACUGUGCAGGGCUACAAGUUGAACUAUGGAGGAUAUGACUACCUAGCCUUGAAGACGUUGUCCUCCAGAGAUGUGAUUGCUUCUGUUGGAAAUCAGAUGGGAGUAGGGAAAGAGUCAGAUAUUUAUAUUGUGGCAAGUCCAGAUGGGGAACAGUAUGCCCUGAAGCUUCACAGAUUGGGUCGUACCUCCUUCAGGAACCUAAAGAAUAAGAGAGAUUACCACAAGCACAGGAAGAACAUGUCUUGGCUCUACCUCUCUCGCCUCUCUGCUAUGAAAGAGUUUGCCUAUAUGAAGGCACUUUAUGACAGAGGCUUCCCUGUACCCAAGCCUGUGGACUAUAACAGACAUGCAGUAGUGAUGGAGCUCAUCAAUGGAUAUCCACUGUGUCAGGUGCACGAGCUGCAAGAUCCGUCCGCACUCUACAGCGAGUUCAUGGAGCUCAUCGUCAAACUGGCCAAUCACGGCCUGAUUCAUGGAGAUUUUAACGAGUUCAAUCUGAUGCUAGACGACCAGGACCACAUAACUAUGAUUGACUUCCCUCAGAUGGUGUCCACCUCUCACCCUAAUGCUGAAUGGUAUUUUGACCGUGAUGUCAAAUGCAUUCGAGAAUUCUUUGCAAAACGUUUUCAUUACGAGAGCGAGCUCUUCCCAACCUUCAAAGAUAUCAGACGUUCAUAUUCUCUCGACAUUGAGGUCUCAGCAAGUGGCUUCACCAAAGAUCUGGAAGAAGAUGCUGCAUUGCUACAUCCGGCUGGACCUGAAGGCGAGGAGGAAGAUGAUGAUGAAGACGAUAGCGAUGAAGAGGAGACCUGUGAGGAAGUAAAGCGAGAAGAGCAGAGUGUGGACGUGACAGAAUACAAUAAUGCAAUGCUGGAACUCGAGGGCCUGAAAGUUAGCGAUGACAUGCAGGAGGAUGAAGAGGCACCAAGCGAAACGGGAGGAAAGGAGGGGAAGAAUGAAAAUCGUAAAGAUGACGUCAUGGCUCCUGAAGCAAGAAUCAAUGACAAGGCAGUGAAUGAAGAAUUGGAGGAUGAGUUUCCGGAGCUGUCUGACCUGUCUGCAUCCAACAAAGAGUUUAAACCUUUCAGAGACUCAGACAGCCUUCUACACAUGGCUGAGCACAGGAGGAGGAGGACAGACAGUGAAGCUACAAUGGGCAGCACAGGAAGCUGCUCAACCAUCCCGCCAGAGGUGGUUCGUCAGAAGGUGCGGAGGCAGCUCACCAAACAACAGAAGUCAGCCUUGAGGAGACGUCUGCAAAAGGGAGAAGCCAACCUGGUGACUCAAUCCAGGAGAGAGAAUCAAAUCAACAUCAAGUCUAGCCUGGAGAGCGCCACCUUCUGGGGUUGAAUGUUCAUCUGGUACUCAUAUGUCAUACCCGCUGUUCUCCACUGUGGAAAAAGAGCACUCAACAAACUGUUUUUGGCCAAGAACAUACUUCCCCACUGCAGUGAACUCUCAGCAUACAACAUCAUGUAAAUAUGGACUCCUUGUAUUGGGGCUGCAUCAUUCACAUUUGAUCAUCCAAACAAUGUGGUUAUUUUUUAAAAGAAUGAUUGAAGACGUGUUCAUCUUCAUCAUAUUCAAAAUAUUAAUCUAACCUUUUACUCAUUUAAGGAGCCAAUUCCAUGUCAUGACAGAAUCAGUAGCUAAGCUGGAAGUUGAUCAACAGCUUAAAUUUUAAUUUAUGAUAAAUUUAAAUUAGAGUUCAAGGGCUCAAAGGUCACAAACACCAAUCCUCCCAAACUUUAACGACACGGGCAUGAAGAAAUAAACAUGCUCCAUAACCAUGUGGUAAAUUAUCAUCUAUGUACUAGCCUAUCUCAAGUGUGACAAUCAAAGAUACAGAGGAAAAGCGGGUCUGGCAGUUGGUUGGGUGUUUUUUGUUGCAGGCAUUGAGAAAGCAAGUAAAUUCCAACAUGAACAAAGGCUAUUCAUUUCCAAGAGGAUGAAUGGAGCUCAGACCCUGAGCUCAGUGGGCUCAAACUAGUGGUUCAAAUGUUUUGGCAUCCCCACCCUCCCACACACAUCGUACUAACAAAAUAAACGAGCAACAUUAUGGUAGGGCAUGGUGAAAUUUUGAAAAUAAAUACACAGACGACAUGAGGUCCGUGAGUUGUGUGUUGUGCCCAAUGUUGCAACAAUACGCAUGAUGUUUUACGUGGCUGGUCAGGGAUUAGCCAGCUGCAAAGCUUGAUGGGAGGGGCUCAGCAUUCCAUUGCUGCACCUCUGUUAGUGUGGGGAGGGCGAGGGGCCCGGACCUAAUUGGCAGGGAGGGCGACAAAGGCUGUCUGCAUCAAAAAGAAAGCAGGGUGGGCCAGUGGCGGAGGAGGGGGAGAAAAAGAAAUGAGAGAAAGAAGGCGCAGUUAUAUUAGAUAUGGAGCUUCACCUAUGAUGUGCUGCUCAUGACAGUGAAGCCUUAUGUUCAGGUUUGUUGGAGCACUUUGGUAAACCGGUGAAUGAGAAAGUGGACGGUAUUUUAUAUGAUUUAGACACCUGUGGAUGAGGAUGAAUAAAGUGGAAGUGGACGAAAGCAUCAUGUCCUAUCUGUCACAGAAUGACAUCGACAUCAACCCAAAAGACUGUGAGUAAAUGUACAACUUAUGGUACCACGUUUUUAUACCCCUAGGAAGGCUUUCAAAAUAAGUACAAAGUAAUGUGCUGCUUACAAAUAUUUUAUUAACAUGGUGUUCAUGUUUAACUACAAGUUGUGGCAGUAGCUUGGCAUCCAUCACUUAAACUCACUGUUAUUUAAAUAUACUGUAAAGUUUACAAUGUCAUUUUUUUGUUCUUUGUGCAACUUUCAGGAUAAUCAUGUUACUGAUAUUUUAAUAAAUAAAAUUGUAAAUUAUUAUUUGUCAUGGGCAUUAAGGGGAACAGCAUCAGGACCAAGAGUUCUGAUCACGUGUCUGACAAAUACUUUAUACAUAUUAUUUCUGUGUUGCAAAUAACCAACUCAUUGUAAAAAGUAUACAACUUGAUUAGAUGCAUCCUUUGGCCUUGCUAAAGUAUCACAUUUAAGCAAGCAUUUUUAUGACAUUGUACCUGUGUCUUUUCAAGAGGCAAUAAAAGAAACUUCAUGUGUUA